AUGAUAUCCAUUGAUCAUGAAAGGCUUCAAUCAGAAUCUAUCAAUUAUGCUAAAUCUUUUUACGAAUUAUUCAAGAAUACCGCUGAUAAUCAAAGUGGAGAUUUAAAUAAUGCAGGACCACCAGAAAUAGAACUAUCUAGUAAUGCAUCAGCAUUCGCAGUGUUUGCUAGUGUACGUGACUCGAUACUUGAGAAGAAUUCACGUCUGACAAAUCACGAACUGUCAAUAAAGUCAUCAACAAAUUGUAGCUCAACAUCUCCACCACCCCCAGAAUUAAGUGAUACGAUAGACACUGACAGUGACGAUGAAGAUCGUAUCUCUUCGAUACAAAAUUUACCUAAAAUAGUGGGUAUAGGAUUGAGGAGUGUAUUUACAUUGAUGCGUGAAAGUAGAACAGUUGAUUCGCAAUUGUGUACAAAGUCGUUGUGUGCCUUGUUGGAUAUACUGCAAGGACAGUUGCCAGAAGGUCUUAAGUCUGAGCCUGACGAUGUUAUUGAACCGCUGUUUGAUUUGUUGUUGGACUUAGCAACCUCUCAUGGACCUGAAUCAACGGUUGCUAACGACGGGACACACUUGACUGCUGUUGCUUGUGCCUGUUUAUUAAGUCUCGUGGUAGUUCGGGGUGAUACUGGCCGAUUAUUGGCAGCUAUCGCUGCGUUGUUGAUGUGUCCACGUGCUCUGGCUGUGCAAAACAUCCGCAUGCCCUGUGUGUUGACAUCCUUGCAACGCAGUGUAGAAGCUGUUCUUUUGGGCAAAAUAACAAGGCCUGACUGGAUCACUUACGGAGUUCCGAAAAAUUCAAAAAUUUACACAUUUAAUUUAAGACUGACUACCGAAAUUAGUAAUCUAGUUUUGAAUGGAAAGAGUUUUGUCAGCGAUGGUAAAUAUUUAUACUUGCAUACUAAUAGAGGACUGCUGAAAAUUGGUAGUGGGUAUGGUGGUUCUGUCGGUGGUCAGCUUUAUGCUCACAAACCGGAUUUUUAUCCUGCUGAAAUUGGCUGGUUGGGUUAUGCUAAUAAUGCUUUAUACUUUAAAUGCGCGCCAAAAAAACAGUGUGAAUUGUUGGAGUUAGAUGCUGAAACUUUGAACGUUAGAGGCAUUGCUGUUUUGGAAGGCAAAGAUUGGCCGUCUUCUGUUAUGUUUUCUGAUGGGGAUAAUUUGGGAAUGAUUACUGCAGGAAAGGAUUGUGUUGACGUAUUUGGAUGGGCUACAUUCGACGAAGAACAAGCUGUCCAUACACUGAGUCCAGGUUGUGACGAUGAAGUAGUGUCAGUUAGCGCGGGUAAAGAGUUUUGUAUCCUAAAAACAACAACAGGAAAAUUACUGUAUACCGGAAAAGGCAGUUGCCUGGGUAUGAAAAGUAACACACGACCGAAUCGCUGGUUGGAAUUUACUUUGGCAAAAGGAUCAAAAUGUUUGCAAAUAGUCGCUGGUCACGAUGGCCAGCAUGUUGUUCUAGUCAUGGAAGAUGGUACAGUAUUUUUUGCGGGUACAGCUAGACGCGGUGAAGAUGGCGAUAGCAAUAAAUUGCGACGUGCUUUGAAGCCGGUUAAACCAAAGAAAAUGCUUAAAGUUGAGGGUCAUUUUAUAGUCGACGCAGCUUGCAAUAAUGGCUCAACAGCUCUUGUCUCCAAAGAUGGAUUGUUGUUUAUGUUUGGAAAAGAUACAUUACAUAGUGAUCCAACCACGGGUAUUGUUAAUGACCUUAAAGAUGUAUUCGUCCAAAAAGUAGCUCUAGGAAAAGCUCACGCUGCUGUUAUAACUAAUAAAGGGCAUUUAUAUACUUUUGGAAUAAAUAAUAAAGGUCAGUGCGGAAGAGAUUUUUCCGUAACUCGACCAAUUAAUAAAGAAGUUACCGUGGUGGCUAUGGAAACAGGCACUGGAGAAGAUGAAUUAAUAAUUGCUGAAGAUGAAGCGGGUGAACAGAGUGAAGAAUGGGAAGAAGCAAGAGGCAUGUGCCCACCUGGUCAGCAUCAAUGGAGACAUCGUGCUUGCAUGGUCUGUACAAUAUGCCGUGAAUGCACUGGUUUUGGUAUAUCAUGUUUGAGCAGUAUUUUACCUAAUCGAAAUCCAAAAAGACCUGGACAGGAGUGUGGCUGUGGUGUAGGAGAUAGUGGUUGUGCCGAGUGCGGUUGUUGUAGAAUUUGCGCACGAGAAAGCUGUGACAACGGCGGUGACAUGGCUGUAUUUGGACCAUCGGGUGGUGGAGAUUUAGGCAUGAUGAGAUUGCACAUGUUAUUUGAAGGGAGAUCGGGUUCUAAUUUCAAAGAAUAUUUGAAACGCCGGCUCGAAGAGCGUAAACAGCGCCAGAGAAUAAAAGCUGGUCCGAGUGUUGUCCAGUGGUCGGGAAUUAAAAUGAAAGGAGCUAAUAAUCAAAGACCAGUUGGUUCAAGUGUAGUAGCGAGGAAAGCCGUGUCUGGAAAGCUCCCGUUAAGUAGCGUCCUUACAGAAGACGGGAUCAGUGGCAGCGGUGGCAGUGAUGCUGAGCGAGGUGAUGCUACGCGUAUUGCCAGUAUUCCACCCGCACGUGUGCCAAUUCCCAGCGACAGUCCAGUCAUUCAAGUUGCCUGUGGUCUUCAUCAUACAGUCGCUCUGCUUCAAAAUGGGGAAGUUUUUAGUUUCGGUAGUAAUCUUUACGGACAACUUGGAGUUGGCAAUUUAGUCGCUCAUGCUGGUCCAGUUCAAAUUAAAAUACCAACAGCGGCUACGCAAAUUGCUGCUGGUAGCAAUCAUACAGUUGUAUUGACUGUCAAAGGAGAAAAAGGACAAUUGGGUAUGAAUUGGUGGAACGGCCAAAACGAAUCCAACACCGCCCGUAGAUCCGAGCGCUCCCAACCCUGGCACAGUUUUCCAAACAUAGUCCCAAACAUCGGUCCCCGAUGGGGUCGCCGAGCCACGUGGAUCGGCGCAGCGGGCGACCAAAGUUACAUAAAAGUCGACGAGAUAAAUUCCAUAAGCCUAGCCAAGAGUACAGUAAUGGCCAACAAAAACUGCAUUAUCCUAAUCCCUCACCAUUACGAGCACGCGAAUACCUUCAAAAGUCUAGUGAUAAACAAACGCGACGGUAGUUGUACAAGUUACAGUGGCAACGACCAAGUAGAUUUUUCCCACAGUGCCGCGUGUUUAGAUUCUCUUUACAACGUAAUUUGGACAUUUAACCCCUCAACAUACGAACUAAGUCCGCAUAACAUAAUCACAACCGAGUCUCGCAACAUCCCCACAUUAAACGCUACAAUAUUAAGCCCGGGUCUAGCAUUACCAGUAGUGUCAACGUGUUUCGUAACCCGUACCCAAGCUGCAAUGCAUCUUUUAAGCUGUCUUGAUACCCUAACACAAGCCCAAGACGAGCGUUUGACAGUAGUCGAAGAAAAUGAGACAAGCCAAUCAAAUCACGACAAAAUUUACAGUCGAGAAGAUUUUGUCACGGUUAAUAGGUUCGAAAAUCACGGAGGGGGGUGGGGUUACUCCGGACAUUCCGUCGAGGCAAUACGAUUUAUGAGCGACACUGACAUUUUAUUAGGCGGGUACGGUUUAUUUGGUGGUCGCGGGGAAUACGCGGCUAAGAUAAAAUUAUUCGAUAUCGGAAUUGAAGGCGGUGAUCAAGAAAGUGACGGAGAAUUGUUGGUAGAAACAGAAGAAAUUCCCUACGAAUGUGAACCUCGGCAAAAAUACUCAAUAUUAUUCGACGAACCGGUGCCACUGCAAGCCAACCGGUGGUACGUAGCCUGGGUAAAAGUAAGCGGCCCCUCAAGUGAUUGCGGCUCUGGAGGACAAGCUGUUGUAACAGCAGAAGACCAGGUAAUGUUUUACUUCAAAUCUUCCAAAAAGUCUAACAACGGGACUGACGUUAAUGCCGGGCAAAUUCCCCAAUUGCUCUACCGCGUAAUAACACCCGAUAACCAAUCGACUAACCGCCCAAGAGACCAUAUUGAACCGGUCUAUAUUUUGCGGAGAGAAUUCAGCAGAACUGUCACUAAAGAUUGCUUCCAGUCGCUGAUAUCUUUGCUCCAGUGGAGCUGGAACACUCUUAAAGCCGGAUUGUCGGAUACGUCUCACAGAUUGCCUACCACCUCUUAUCACUCGGUACUAGAAAUGGAUCACUUGGUUUACAUAAGUAAUGCAAGUUUGCGACUAUUACGUACGUAUACCAAUGAAAUCUAUCCAAAUCAACCGGGUAAAAAGACUCCGCAGGAAUCCGUGAGACUGGCUGAGAGCAUCGGAGAGGUCCGAGCGCUCUUAAGACAAAUUUUAGCCGACGCGAUGCCCUUAAACACUAAAAAGGGGAAGAUAAAAUUUAAAAACAGUAAAUUGGUAGAUCGAGUAGGAGGUGAUAAAAUGAUAGAUCUGAUUCUUGACGAGUGUCACAAAACUUUCGUAGCUUGCUACCACGCGUUUUACCCCACGGCAUAUUUAAAGUGGACGUCGUUAUGUGAAUUGCUUUCGGAGAUUGACAAAGAGUUGGGAACCUCGCCAAAGGACAGAUUGUUAUCUGCAGUACUUGCCUCGUUAUGCAAUUCUAUGGUGCGGUUGAGGUGUACGUUUCCUAUAUUGAGCAACGUGAUGGACAGUAGCGAUGGUAUCAAAAGGCAACUUAGCCCGUCUGAUAAUUCUGGACUGCCGAUGAUGAAUUCUUCAGAGCCCCAUCAGUAUCCUAUUUUGGUAGAGCAAAUGAGUUAUAAAUCGCAGAUUGAAAGUAUAGGACGUCAAGUAUUGAAUUGGUCGUUUCGCGAAGUGCUUGAUAGACUUUUGGACCUUAUUUUGAUCCCAGUUAAAAGAUCUUUGUGCAGGGAAAAAAAUUAUUCUUUGAAGGGUUUAAUAUUGCACUGCUGUUAUUUAUUAGCGCGGGUUAUUGCUGAAUUAGCGGCACAAUCAAGCGGAAAUGAGGAUGAAUUACAAGCAGCUUGUGGUAAAUUUAUGUACACAACACCGUCAAGAUUUACGCGGACUAAUCAAACGCGUACGUGGAAUACGGGUAAUGGUUCACCAGACGCUAUUUGUUUCACUGUCGAUCGUCCGGGGAUUGUAAUUGCCGGUGUUGGUAUUUACGGCGGUGUCGGGGUGUAUAAUUAUGAACUAGAAUUGCUUGAUGAUCAAAACAACACCGGUAAUGAUCCGUCGCACACGCAAAGGUGGAGUAGUUUGGAUUUUACACGUGGAUCAUUUGGUCCUGAUGAUUGUGUCAAUGAUAUUGUCGAGCUAAAAUUUUCAAAGCCAAUUAGUAUAAAGGAGAAUGUUAAAUAUGCGAUAAGAUUACGAAAUCAUGGUGGAAGAACUAGUAAUGGUGACGGUGGGUUGAAUAUAAUUCGCGGUCCGGAUGGUACUAAUUUUACAUUUACCGCUUGUUCAUUGAGCUUCAAUGGAACUACGCAAACACGUGGACAAAUACCGCACAUACUUUAUUAUUCUAAUCCUCAAGACUCGGAAAGUCCGCACACGAGUAAGGCCAUCGCGGAAAUGCAGGCACGUAAAUGCACGCUUGCGAUGACAAUGACAAUUGUAACACGUGCCAAUGAAAUUUUAGCAUUAGCUCGCGAACGUGCUGAAGAUAUUGUUACUACUGAGGUGUUGGGUAAUGCAACGUUUGUUACUACACUAUUGCCACUGGUCAUGGCGCAUCUAGGGCCACUUGCUACCUCCGAUCCGCGUAGCGCCGUCCAGGUAUUGACUCUUAUUCAAGAAAUGCUACCGCAUGUAGCUGGGUUGAAUUUAUUAACAGCUAUGGGAAUGUCGCAAUCGCAAGAUAGUGAUAAUCAGUUACACACGAGCUCACCGACCACUACAAGUCAUCACUAUACUUGGGUUGAAAGUGAGCAUCCUUAUAAGCCAGCUAGCGUGUCGCAUUACAAAGUUACCUUUCCGGAGACUGUUAAGUGGAUGACCAUUGAAUUCACACCCGAAUGUGGGACUUCUCAGCCUGAAGAUUAUCUCCAGCUUUAUAUUCCUAAUAGUAAUAAUUUUAGUGGUAGUAAUGGGAAUAGUAAUAGUAAUUUUAAUAAUGGGGGCAAUAAGAAUACUGAGGAUAAUUGGUCAUCAAUUUAUUUGCCGGUGCUGCAUAAAAUGAGUAAUGUUGCGAGUCAAUGGCCCCAAUACGCUAUUGUAUUACCGGGUAAUGAAGUUAUAUUCUCAUUGGAGACUGCCUCUGAUUAUAUGAAAGAUGAUAUGUCGGUUACUUAUGGGUUUAAGUGCUUGGUGAUAGGGUACGACUGGAUCACGGCGGGAAAUGGACUCAAAAAUUUAGAGAUUGAAUUGUCCUUUUUGGGUGGCGCGUGUGCUGCUAGUCUUAUGAAGAAAAAUCUUAUCCUGCCGGCUAUUGCUCAAGAAACGGCACGAAAAAUAUUUGCUGCUCAUUCAUCACUUCUAGGCAGAGGAUUUGCGCUGGCUACAUCUCCUACAGUUACCCAGGCUCUUGAUGGCGUUCUUCCGUUUAGGUGA